AUGGAAGACACGGCGAGAAGCGAAUACCCGGGCAUGCUUAGCUCGCUCCAGCCGAACCAAGCCGUCCAAGUACUCAACGACCGAGUGAAGCGAAUCAGCAAGAUCAACACCGAAAUCGCCGACUGGCUUCAACAGCUCUCCGAUCGCAUUGAACAAGAUGUGGAACUACCAUUGCGCAACUUCAGCCAGCGCAGCAGCUUUGGCGAAAUGACGACAAUGUCCUCCAAUUUGACAUCGAUAGCCAAGUCCCUCGAUGAGGCUCAGGCGGCUACAGAGAAGUUGGGCAGGAAGGGCGGCAAGGCCAGCACACAGAAAAUCGAUGCUGCCGCAUCGAAGCUCGAAUCAGCACGCCAGCAAUGGGAAUCUCAGGCACCGUACAUCUUCGAAUCGCUCCAAGCGCUCGACGAGUCCAGAAUCAACCAGCUUCGCGAUGUCUUAACACAGUACCAGACGCUCGAGUCGGACUGCGCUCAGCGCGCCCAAGAUACGUCGGUUGCCACGCUUUCGCAAGUGAUCGAAAUCGCCACCGAGACGGAAAUCUUGGCCUUUGUCAACAAGAUGACGCACGGCAGGACGCCGCGAGCGCCCCCAACGCGCGCGUCAACAACGGCUUCCAUUUCUACAGAGAACCAGCAAGGGCGCCCGAGCACUGCGUAUAGCGCCAAUGCCCCCCAGCCUUCAGCGCCUUCCGAGCAAACCCCCGUGGAGACGCCUUCAGAACCGGCGACCCCUGCGAUAGUGGAACCAAAGGCUGAGCCAUCAAAGCCCGAAUCGAAGCUGCGUCGCCUAGGAACCAUACUCAAAGGGCGCAGGCAGAGUGUUUACGGCGCCGCGGGACCCUCCCCCCAGAAGGGUGGCUCAUCUGCAUUUGGGCGACUUGGGGGCAAAGAGAAGCCCGGCAUCUCGCCACGGGGAUCAUCAGGCAAUCUGAGGGAAUCCAACCAUCUUGGGGCAUUGGCCGAGCAUCCAUCACUCCCACGAACCCCUGAAGCGGGCGAAGACAGCCCCUCUAGGCCGGCCCAUGAGGGUGCGAACGGAGACAAUGCACAGGAGAAUAUCAUGGACUCGCCAAUUCCUGAGGGAGUCAAUGGCUUCCGCGAGAACAGAGGGGUUACUCUUGCCGACGAACCGACCGCUCAGCCGCUUCAGCCGACAGCUGCUAGUGCAACGCCCACACCCGCUGGGAAAGAUGCAGAAGGCUUUACGAUACCCGCACCAGCCGAUGACCCGAUCACCGCAGCGCAGAAAGAGGCUGCUGCAACCGAGGAGGCUGACCAGCUCUUCAAGCUCAACAUUCAGAACAAGCCCAUAGAGGAGGAGGACCCCGAGGCAAAGCGAGCAGCACUAUCGAGUGUGGCCAGCUCCUUGCGAGCCGGUCCUGCUGUACGCCGCUCAGGUACGACGCGCGGCCGCAGAGACGUUCGGAAUACUAUCUAUGCUCCCGCCCCUAUGGCGGGUGAGCCGGCGGAGGGUGGUUUUCUAGCGGGGAUCGCAGGCUCGCCCUCAUUUGCGAGCUCUUUCGGCUCCAGGACAGGCGCUCCAGCGCUCGCCCCCGAAGCUAGCAUCGCUGCUACUUCCGAUACCCAGUCUGUCCGUUCUGGCCACUCGCUCGGCAAUUUGGCCCACGUAAAGCAUCCCGAGAUGACAGGCCCUGGUCUUCACGGUUCCAUCAUUGAGCAUGUUUCUAUUGUGUUCAAGACUGGCGGUGAGGUCGAGAGCGCUUCAAUGGCAGGCGAGCUGGGAUUUGUGAACAAUACGACCGACGAUGACACGUUCAAAACCCACGAGACCAUCAAAAUCAACAAUUAUCCCAAUCUGGAGCGCAUCGGUCCUAAUAGGAUCUUUGUGCAAAACAGCACACCUGACCAGCCAGAUCAAUUCAGCCUCGACCUGUCGCACCUCAGCAAAAUGGCGCCCGCCUUCUCAUACCGCGUCUUCGCCCCCGAGUCGGAUCCACUGUCGCUUGCACAGAAUGCGCCGCUGCUAUUGAAUCCGGCAUGGAAGCCUCAAGGUGACAAGCUGGGUCUUUUGCUACAAUAUCAACUUAACCCCUCGUGCACCUGGAAAGGCCCCGUCACUUUACAGAACGUUGUGUUCAUUGCCACAUAUGAGGGUAAGGCCUCGGGUGCGCAGACGAAGCCGAGCGGCACGCAUCUCAAGGACCGGCACAUAGUGUAUUGGCGCCUUGGCGAGGUGACGCUCACCCCUGAGCCGCAGAAGAUCGUGUGCCGUAUUGUCGGCAGCGAGGGAGCAGAGCCGAUACCGGGCCAUGUAGAGGCAAGGUGGGAGUACGUCGUGCCGGAGGGCGAGGUGGCAGGCAGUGGCAUCUCUGUGUCGAGACUGCAAGAGACAAAAGGCAAGGGUAAGGAGGUCGAGUCGGAUGAUGAUCCUUUUGCGGACGAUGGCGUAUCCCAGACCCACACUUGGGUCGAUGUGCCCUUAUCCAGAAAGCUCGUGAACGGGAAGUAUGAGGGCAGGUAG